CGAUGGAAGACAUUUUUUUCGUCAAAGUUUUGAAAAUGUCGCACUUAGAAAUAACUAUCCUAAUAAGCAAUGUAUUACCGAAGAUACCCCGAUUAACAGAAGCUAAUUGCAUUUACUACUAGUAGUAAUGUUAUCGAUAGACGCCAUUCACUUACAUAGUCCAAUAUGUACUUCGUAGCUCAAAAAAAGAGAAAAAAAAACCUACCCCUCCAUUUCAUCCAGAUUCAAUGACCAUAUGUUUGACAACCUCAUCUAAGUAGGGUAGUUAGUAUAUGAGUCGCAUUUCAAGCUACGUUUCCAAUAUAUCUCGGUCUACCAUAGAUACCUUAUAUCUUCCCUUGCUACCGAAAUAGGCGCAUCACAAAUCACCCAAGACUGAAAGUCGCCAUGUCGGCAACGCAGAGAAUCGCUAUCCUGUCCGUCUUUGACAAGACUGGUCUAUUGGACUUAGCUAAAGGCCUUGUGCAACAAAAUGUGCGCAUUUUAGCAUCCGGUGGCACUGCUAAGAUGAUCCGCGAGUCGGGAUUCCCAGUCGAGGACAUCUCAGCUAUCACCAAAGCUCCAGAGAUGCUUUCCGGCCGCGUCAAGACACUCCACCCAGCUGUCCACGCUGGUAUUCUGGCACGAAACUUAGCCGCCGACGAGAAGGAUCUGGCUGAGCAGAGCAUUGACAAGGUUGAUUAUGUCAUCUGCAAUUUAUAUCCAUUUAAAGACACCAUCUCUAAGCCCAAUGUGACCGUCACCGAAGCUGUAGAGGAGAUCGACAUAGGAGGUGUUACACUCAUCCGAGCCGCUGCCAAAAACCACGCGCGCGUCACCAUCCUCAGCGACCCGAAUGAUUACCCAGAGUUCCUCAAGGAACUACAGACCGGCGAUAUCAAAGAAGAGAGCCGUAACCGGUACGCUCUGAAGGCUUUCGAACAUACCGCUGACUACGAUGCUCACAUCUCCGGUUUCUUCCGCGCCCGGUACGCUGGCGACGGCCAGCAACAUUUGGCUCUCCGAUAUGGCGCCAACCCACACCAAAAGCCGGCGGCUGCGUACACCAAAUCCGCCAACUUGCCCUUCAAGGUUCUUUGCGGAGCUCCGGGCUACAUAAACUUGCUCGAUGCGCUAAACAGCUGGCCGCUGGUUAAGGAGCUGAAAGCAGCUCUCGGAAAACCCGCCGCCGCUAGUUUCAAACAUGUCUCUCCCGCAGGUGCUGCCAUUGGCGUUCCUCUAAGUGCCGAGGAGCGCAAAGUAUACUUCGUCGAUGAUAUUCCGGGAAUUGAGACCUCGGGACUCGCUCAAGCUUAUGCCCGCGCAAGAGGAGCCGACCGAAUGAGCAGUUUUGGUGACAUAAUUGCUCUAAGUGACAUUGUAGAUGUUCCUACUGCCAGCAUCAUUUCUAAGGAGGUAUCUGACGGUGUCAUUGCCCCUGGGUACGAGGAUGCCGCGUUGCAGAUCCUCAAGAAGAAGAAGGGUGGCAAGUACCUCGUGCUUCAGAUGGAUCCUGAAUAUCGACCUGAUCCAACGGAGGUCCGCACGGUAUAUGGUGUUACUCUUAGCCAACACCGCAACGACGUCGAAAUCUCACCCGCUUCUUUCAACCGUACUAUCACACCUAAGGAUUUUGCCCUCCCGGAAGCUGCUACUAGGGAUUUGGCCGUUGCAACAAUUGCCUUGAAGUACACACAGAGCAACUCUGUGUGCUACGCCAAGAACGGACAAAUCAUUGGUCUUGGAGCCGGCCAGCAAUCCCGUAUCCACUGCACUCGACUUGCAGGUGAUAAGGCUGACAACUGGUGGCUACGCUUCAAUCCUCGUGUAUUGGGCAUCAAGUGGAAGAAGGGCACCAAGCGACCCGAUAAAAGCAAUGCGAUCGACCUGUUGGUCAGCGGCGAGUUGCCGAAGGAUGGUCCCGAGCGAGAAGCUUUCGAGUCCGUCUUCGAAGAGGUGCCGGCUGCCUUUACCGAGGAAGAGCGCAAUGACUGGCUCAGCAAGCUAGGCGAAGUUGCCGUCUCCAGUGAUGCCUUUUUCCCCUUCAUCGACAACAUCUACCGCGCCCACCGGUCCGGUGUCAAGUACAUCGCGGCGCCCAGUGGUAGUCAGAACGACUCCGCCGUGUACGAGACGGCCGAAAAGCUGGGCAUGGUCUUCGUGGAGCAGAGCAUUCGCCUCUUCCACCAUUAAUAAAAUAGUGGCCAAGUUGUGGGUAUAUCGCAAUUCAAAACGGGAAGGGAGGAUUGGCCGUGGCUGGAAUAGACAAAAAAAGGGGGGGAGAAGAGAAUUUCAACAAAGUUCUCGCCACAAAGUGAAAGAUAUGUAGAUACCCGAUAGCUGAUGAGGGGAUAAGGUGGGCAGAAUAUGUAUGGCUUCUCGGACAAGCUGCUGCCCGUCUGGCAACCAAAAAGAAAAAAAAAGGAACAAUUAUAUAAAAAAAAAUUAAGUCGAGAGUUCUACGUUUGUAUGCGACAAUGCCCUUAGGAGUCAAGUGA